AACCAAGAAACGGUGGGUGCAACCAAUUGUCAGCCAAUACAACACGCCCGCACACUAGCCCUCGCCCUUUUCUUCUAGUACCGUACUUCCCUCUCCACCGAGUCCGCUCUUCCUUAUCACUUUCUUCCCUCUUUCCGCGAUCCGUCCGGCACAUUCAUCUCGACCAACCUUGUAAGAUCUCCGCCGUUAGAAUGGGGCGCACACUCGAAGACGAUGACGAGUGCUUCCCAAGAGGAAAAGCGCCUCUCGCAAAGUCGUCAGCAAAGUCUCCCACACCCCGGCCUGCAAAACCCCGCAAGGCCGCGUCAGCUAGCCCCGCCGCAUCGGGCGGGGACAGGGUUUUGGGCGGCGAGGGUUUUGUGAACGAUGAAGGAAGGAAAGGAAAAACCCCGGUUAGGGAAGGAAAGGCCAAGGUCGAGCGUGGGGAGCGUGGGACGAAGGAUCGGAAGCGGCCUCGCGAGGAGGUCGCAGGGGGGGAGAAGGAAGACGCUGGGGGAACGGCGGAGAAAUCUGGUAAAGCGGGAAAGAAAUCCCCCAAGGCGGGAAAAUCGGAGGCGCGGGGAGACGGGAAGGCGGCGGCGCAGGGGAAGAAGAAUAAGCGGACGAAGGGAGCGGGUGGGUCGGUAAGGCAGGGGGUGAGCGUGUUGGAGGAGUGGGUGGAGGGAGAGGAGGAUAUAGGCGAGCAGGUUGCGCUUGCGAGGGCGGAGGAAGCUGCGAAGAAGGAUGCGGAAGAGAUCAAGAGGCGUUUGGGGGGAAAGGAGAGCAUGGCUCGGAGUGUGAAGGGCUUUACUGCUCAGGACGCCACGCCAGGCAUGCAGCUGUGGGGCUGUGUUGCUGAGGUCACUCCGUCUGGCCUACUUGUCAGCCUGCCACAUGGCGUCCUCGGAUUCGCUGACGUGGCAGAAGUAUCUGAUCAGAUAUCAGGUCUUCAAGGAAAGGCUGAGCGGGGUGAGGCAGUGGAUUGGGGACAGGAGGACGAGGAGAUGAAGGAGGAAGGGGAGGAGGAGGAGGAGGAAGGGGAAGGAGGAGCAGGAGACAAGAGCAUCAAGCAGAAGACCCCUCGCGCGCGGGCGGCAGAUUGGAUGGCGCGCAUUUUUUCCCAGGGGCAGCUCGUCCCCUGCACUGUGCUCCCCGCCCCUGCAUCUCCCGCUGCUGCUGCUGGUGGUGCUGCUGGUGCGGCAGGGGCAGGCAUGGUAGCAGCGGGGGCAGACGUGGCGGUGUCUGUGCGUCUGUCUCGCAUCCAGGGGCCUGUGGUGCGGUUCAAAACCGUGCCCAAACACACGGAGCUCUGGGCGGCAGUGGAGAGUGUGGAGGAGCACGGGGUCAUCCUGUCCUUUGGUCUGCGCACCAUCACUGCCUUCCUGCCCUUCACCCAGCUCAACCAACGCUUCCCUGGCGUGGCGUUCCGCAAGGGCCAGCUGCUGCCAGUGCCGGUGGUGGUGGAGGGCCGGGACAAGGCGCACAAGACGCUCACAGUCUCACUGGAGCCCGUGCCGUCCACUGGCAAGGGGGCACAAGCCCCGGCAGGGGCAGAAGCAGCAACCGGGGAGGUGGAGGAGGGCGAGGAGGAGGGAGGCGUGGCGGUGCUACCGGGACAGCUGGUACAGGGCAAGGUGCUGCAUGUCACGGACGAUGGCUCCAUGGCUGUUGCUCUGCCCACCGCCACCGCUUGGGUGCACCCCUUGAACCUGCCUCGCCCGCUUCUCUCCCGCGACCAGUGCCUCGCCAUCUUCCCCAUCGGCUCCAUGGUCAAAGCUCGUGUGCUGUAUUGCACUCAUGCAUCCGCUAAAGCAACAGGCAGCAGCGGCAGCAGGGCUCCCGAGUCGGACCCUAGUGUGGUCGUGCCUUCCAUUGCUCUCUCUCUCAGCUCAUCACUCCUCCGCACCAUGCCUCCCUCAAUCGAGUGGCAAGCGUCCCCCUCAGCCCCCCCCACGAAGGUGCUCCCGGGUACGCUCUUCCCCGCUGCUGUCAUCGUGCGCAUCCUCCCUGCACUGGGGGUGCUGCUGCGGCUGGCAGGGGGGGAGAGGGCGGGCGCAGGGGGGAAGCAGGGGGCAAAGGAGAGGAAGUCGCGGCAGGGCAAGGCAGCGUAUGCGCUUGUUCCGUUGGCCCAUCUCUCCUCGUCCCGCAUGUCCCACGUGCCGCCACACCUGUCAGUGGACAAGCAAGUGUGUGCACGCGUGCUGCACCUCUGCCCCACGGACGGGCUCGCCAUCGCAUCCCUCAAGGGCAUGUCAGUGAAGACGGCUCUCCCCUCAUCGGGCGUGCAGCCGGGCAAGCUGGUGACGGGCACGGUGGCAGCAGUGGGGGUGGGAGGAGCGCGGGUGCAGCUGGCGUUCAGCCAGUGGGGUUCGUGCCCCAGGGCGCAUUGGGGCGAGGGCAGGGACGGCCACAAGGACGAGGCUGCUUUCCAGCCAGGGGCCUCCUUGCAGUUCCGGGUGGUGCGCCAGGCUGAGGGGGAGGACGGGCAGGUGCUGCUUACGCACAAGAAAACUCUGCUCUCCUCGCGCCUGCCCGUGCUGACGAGCCCCUCCCAAGCCAUGGCGGGUGCAUGUGCGCAUGGGUGGGUGGAGGCUCUGACGGAAGAUACCUGCACCGUGCAUUUCUACGGGGACUUCUCUGCUCUCAUUCACAGGAGCCAAGAGGAGCAGGCAGGGGAGCCGUCCCCCUGGUCAUCGCUGCAUGUGGGGCAGGUGGUGCGCUGCUACGCCCUGCCCUCUGCCGACGCCACCAAGCCUGCCUUCUCCCUCCGCUCGCCGUCCCCGCCCUUCAGCAACCAUGCGACCCUAUUCCCCCCGUCCUCGCCCCCCUCCUCCUCGGGUCCCGCUCCUCACCCCUCCGUGCUGCCCGCUGCGCUGCACGCAGUGGGGGCAGUCAUUCCUGAGGCGCAUGUGGUGCGGCGCGACGCACACUCGCUGGUGCUGGCGCUGCCUGCUGCCAACGGCGUGCAGGAGGGCGUCAUGGCUGUGGAGCACCUGGCGGACCACCCAGUGUGCGCAUCUGAGCUGCAACCAUCACUGUGCCCGGGCUCCAUCGUUGGCCCGCUGGUGGUGCUGGGCAUGUGGCAUGGCCGCACGCCUCUGCUCUCCGCCAAGCCCGCACUCCUGCACGCUGCCGCCUCACAUGCUGCUGCUGCUGCUGCUGCUGCUGGUGUGGGCGACAAAGGCACCAGAGCGAAGCGGUUUCAGCAGGGCUCCUUCCACAUGGCCUUUGUGACAGCAGCCAAGCCGGAUGGGUCCUGCUCUGUGCAGCUAGCGGAUGGCACCAGGGCCGUCACCCUGCCCUUCGCCCCUAGCCCUGCCCUCACUACCAUGCUAACAGGCUCCCCUGCAUCACCUGCUGCCUUCUUCUCUGUCGGCCAAACCGUCCGUGCCAAGAUACUCAAGGCGUCUGACCCGCUGCAGGUGACGCUAGACCCUCUCCUCUGCUCCUCCCACGACGGCUCCUUCCUGUCGUCGCUGCUGCAGCACGAGCACAUGGUAUCCCGGCAGGCUGCACCGGGCUCGGACGACCCGUGGAUGAAGGCUGUGGUGCCUGGCAUGGUAGUGGAAGGCACUGUGCUGGUGAAACAGGAGAGUGCCAUGGGGGGAAGAAGGCAUGCAGGGGACGUGUGGAUGGUGGCUAUUGUCAGUCCGGAUGCACUGAAAGGGGUGAAAGCAACUGUCCCUGCUGACCUAGCAACCAGGCUGCUAACCAUAGGGGAGAGAAUAGCAGCGCGAGUGGUGGAUGUGGGGGAGGCAGCACGGACAGUGGUGCUGACCGUGGGUGAUAUCCCCGCUCCACAGUUUAGUCUGCACUCUGCUGAUGGGUGCGGUGGGGGUGCGAAGAGUGGAAGUGACGGCAAAGGAAAGCGCACGGCAGAGAGUGCAGCAGUGUUACGGAAGGGGACGAGGCUGCUAGUGCGAGUGCAGCUCACCACGCCACACUAUGCGGUCGUCUCACUGCCUGCCUCCUUCACCCUACCGACAACCACGGGCCAAUCGCAAGCAGCCACGUCAGCACCGCUGCUGGCCACGCUGGCAGGGGGGGACUUCAACCUACCUCACGUGGACGUCCCUCGGGUGUACCGGCCCGGGCAGACUGUGGCAGCAGCGGUUGUCGCCCUCCCCACGGCGCAGACAGGUGGCAGAAUCGUACUGGCUCGUGACGAGCUUGUAUCGUUCAGCUCUCCUUCUGCCACUCCCGCCGCUGCUGCUGCGACAAACACUGAAGCUGCUCCUGCUCCUGCUGCUACUGGUAGUGCUGCCGACACCCAAACUCCUGCAGCCACUCCUCCCUCUGCUGCUGCUGCUGCUGCCACGCCUGCCGGGGCUGCGUCUGCUCCCUGGCAUCGGCGGUUCUCCCAGCUAAACCUUCUGGUGGGGGCAGAGGUGGAGGGGCAGGUUCAGGCUGUGUUCCCCUCUGCAGCGCUGGCUCUCGUGUCGCUUGGGGGCUGGGUCUCUGCCAUUCUGCGUACUUCCCAGUUCCCCUCUCCCCUGCAUUCUGGAGACGCAAUUAAAGCCCGAGUGGAAAGAGUGCUGCUGGGUGCUGCAGCCGCCACAGCCAUCCACGGGAAGGCGCAGGGGCAGAAGCAGGGGAAGGAGGAGAAGCUAGGCCAGGAGGAGCAGCGAGUAGUGGACGAGAGUGGUAUGUGCGUGCUGCUCAAGGGGGCAGUGCUGGUGGAUGGAGGUGGGGAGAAACGCGGGGAGGAAGGGCAGGGGAAGAAGGGCCAGAAGGGCAAGGGUCUCGCGAAGGGGGAAGGAAAGGAGGUGAAGAGAGGGGGGUUGGAGGGGAAAGGAGUGGGAAGGGUGGGGGUGGGGGAAGUGAUUGUUGUGCUGUCUGAUGACGAGGAGCAGGAGGAGGAGGAUAUUCGGGAAGAGGAUGAAGAGGGGGAGGAGGAGACUGGGGAUGAGGAGGAGGAGGAUGAGGAGAAGGAGUACGAGGAGGAGGACGAGGAGGAGGAGGAAGAAGAGGAGAUGGAGGUGGAUGAGGAGGAGGAGGAUGAUAGUGAUGAAGGAAAGGAGGGUGAGGAGGGUGAUGAAGAGGAAGGGGAAGAGGAGGAGGAGGUUGCACCUCUGCCUGUUGCGAUCAAUGGCUCCCGUCUGGCGGGGGCAAGGCGGUUACCAGCAGAGGAAUCAGACGAGGAGGAGAGAGUGGAGGAGGAGAGCGAGGAGGUGAAGAAGCAGAGGAAGAAGAGGGCGAAGAAGAGAGAGAAGGAGGCCAGGGAGCGGGCGAUCCAGGAGGCGGAGCAGCGGCGGGUGCGGGGGCAGCAGGCACCGGAGACAGAGGCGGAGUUUGAGCAGCUGCUGCUGGCGUCGCCCAACAGCUCGUUCCUGUGGAUCAAGUUCAUGGCGUUCCUGCUCUCGCUCUCCGAGAUUGACAAAGCCCGGGCCGUGGCCGAGAGAGCGCUGAAGAGCAUCAGCUACCGGGAGGAGGGCGAGAAGCUCAACAUCUGGGUGGCGUACCUCAACCUCGAGAACAUGCACGGCAACCCCCCCAAGGAGGCGGUGCUGACGCUGUUCCAGCGCGCGCUGGCUUACACGGACCCGAAGAAGCUGCACAUAGCGCUGCUGGGCGUGUUUGAGCGCAGCCAGCAGCACGACAUGGCCGACACGCUGUUGCACUCCAUGGCCAAGAAGUUCAGCACGUCCGCCAAGGUGUGGCUGCGGUACAUUCAGAACCAGCUCAGCCGCGGUCUGGAGGAAGGUGCGAGGAAGAUGAUGGAGCGAGCGCUCACUGUGCUGCCGCAGAGAAAACACAUUAAGGUGAUAUCCCAGGCAGCACUAAUGGAGUACCGCAUGGGGUCGCAGGAGCGCGGCAGGACGCUCUUUGAGAGCAUUCUGCGCAACUUCCCCAAGCGCACGGACCUCUGGAUCACAUACAUCGACCAGGAGGUGCGGGUGGGCGACAUGGCAGCAGUGCGGCGGCUGUUUGAGCGGGUCGUGUCUCUGGACCUCCCUCCCAAGAAGAUGAAGUCGCUCCUGAAGAAGUACCUGGACUUCGAGACGGCGCACGGCACGCAGGAGCAGGUGGCGCAUGUGAAGGCGCGUGCAGUGGAGUAUGUGCAGCGCAGGAUGGGGGCAGGGGGCAAUGCUUGAGGGGGGGAGGGGAGGGGAGGGGAGGGGGGGAGAGUGGUGGUGUAUCAAGAGCAGAAUGGGUGGUUAGAGGGGUGGCGAUGCAGCUUGAACCAAAUCAAGGCUGGUUAGUUGCACAUGUUCAAUAACAAGUGUUCAAUGUUAGUCGUGCUUGGAUGCCCUCUGAUGUUUGAUUCCACUGAGCUAAUUAAGGGAUGGUACUAAGGUACAUUGAUGAAGUUUGUAGACGUUGCUUUUUAAACUU